GGUUUAGUUUACAAACAAACGUGAAGCCUCAGACGAGUAAUGAGUCGGAGGAGUGACUUGAUGUUUGUGUAAGAGAAGUGAUAUGUUCAAAGAAAAAUCGUAAACUUAUCAUCAGAACGUUCACACUUGAAAUGAAGAUGGCAUCAGUAAAACACAAAAGUUCUGUUCAUUGUGCUACUGUCAUCAAACAAGAGCCAGUUGAGGACGACCCACUUGCAUCCCCAAAGCAAGAGAUGGAGUACAUAUCUGUUAAGGAAGAAACUCCAGAGUGGGAGGUGCCGGAUGGCCACAAUAGUAUGCAGGAUCCGCUAAGCAUUGUUAAAGAGUUCCAGGAAUGUUCAUCUUCAGAAGAUUUUCUCGGCCCUAGCACUCACAGCAUUGAGGAGGAGGAGGAGGAGGAGGAGGAUGACGACGAGAAAGACGAGGAUGCAGUGUGUGAGGAUGACUUUGAGGAGCUGAAACAUGAAGUAGAGUCAGGUGGCAGUGAACCAGAAAGUACUAUUCCUGUUGGUGUGGAGGACGACAAGAAUAACAGUGAUGGCAGAAGUUUGAUUGCCUGCAUUCCACCUGCUUCAGGAACAGACAACAGGAUACAGUGUACCACCAGGCAGGAAGCAUUCAAUGGGAGUAAAAUUGGUACAAGACAUUUGAGGCACAGAUGUGGCAUCUGCAAAACAACGUUUGCACAAUUGCAGGAACUGAAGGAGCACACACACUUGAACCGAUGUGAGCUUCAGCAUUCGUGCAGCGUGUGUCACAAGAUAUUCACAAACAGUACUGAUUUGAAGGGGCACUUCAGAGUGCACACUGGUGAACACCAAUACAGCUGUGGCGUUUGCAACAAGACAUUUGCACAACGUUGUACCCUGAAGCAGCAUUCGCGGUUGCACACUGGCGAACGCCCAUACAACUCGCAAAUGGUUGGGACCUACAAGAGAGUCAUGGAGCGAAGACUCAAUGAAAUAAGCUAUUCAAGCUAUUGAAAGAAAAGAUAUGGGAUGGCUAAAAGCUUCAAAGACGUUUGGUGUUCCAAAAGCUACGUUACGUCGAAGAGUUAUGGGGAAAAAAACGUAUCACUGGAGCAGACAAAGGCUUGGGACGAUUCAUGUCUACGUUUUCUAAGACUUGAAACAUUGCUGGUCGGUCACAUAAAAGAUUUAGAAUCCCAAAUGUUUGGUCUUACACGUAACGAUAUACGAAAAUUAGCUUUUCAGUUAGCAGAGCAAAUAGAAUACCUCACAGAUUAUUGAACAAACAUUACAGAAAAAUAAUAUUGAGCCCGCUAGAGUAUGGAAUGUUGACGAAUCAGCACUUUCAACAGUGCAGAAACCUCAAAAAGUGUUUGUGGCAACUGGUAAAAAACAAGUUGGGACAAUCACCAGUGCAGAGAGAGGACAGCAUGUAACUGUUGUAUGCUGCAUGAGUUCAGCAGGAAACUUUAUCCCGCCAACUCUACUUUUUCCAAGGAAAAGAUGGAAGCACGAGCUUUUAGAUGGCGCACCUACAGGAUCACUAGGGCUGCCUAGUGAAUCUGGCUGGAUGACGGGAGAUUCAUUCUCACUUGGCUUAAAAAAUUUUCAAAAGUAUGCAAAUGGAAGCAAAGAUAACAUGGUUUUAUUACUAUUAGAUGGACAUAGUACGCAUAAAGGCUUAGAAGUAGUCACUUACGCGAGAGAAAACGGCAUAAUUAUGAUUCCUUUUCCUCCUCAUUGCACACACAAGCUGCAACCUCUAAUCGUAUGUUUCUAUGGUCCCCUGAAGACUUACUAUGAUCAGUCCGCCACAAUGUACUUAAAAAAUCAUCCUGGAUGAGUCUUAACUCAAUUUCAGGUAGCUGAAAUAUUUUGUGAGGCAUAUGGGAAAGCUGCUACUAUUAGUAAUGCCUUAAGUGGAUUCAGGAAAACCGGAAUUUGGCCGUUAAACCCACAAAUAUUUCCGGAGCACGAAUUUUUGCCUUCUUUAGUAACAAACAUUGAUGAAGAGUGCGAAGAGACUGGCAAUGGAGAAGUUACAGUGAAGAAUAUAGUUGAGCCAACACAUUCAGAAGAACAACGUAUCCAGAAUGACUCGACUUCACAAGAAGACGUUACACUUCCAUACGGUUCUAAUCAAAAUAGUGAGAAUAGUCCAGAUACCCCUCUACCAGAUCUAAGGGAAACGUACUGUUCCAAGACCCAACAUAUCCGAAUUUCACCACAGGACAUAUUAUCUGUCCCAUCAGAUUCUGGAUCUUAUGUUCGAAGCAAAAGAAAACGGGAUGGUUCCCAAAUUUUAAUCAGUAGACCAUAUCUAUUAAAUUUACAAGCAAAGGUCGCGGGAAAGCGAGCAUUAGAAGAGAGCAAAGCAGGAAGAAAUGCAAAAGGACAGCUGACAUUCAGGGAUGAAAGUGAAGAAGAAGCAGAUAUUUUGGGUGGAGAUACUGACGAGGACGAUUCUCCCUGUAUUUACUGCAAUGACCUUUUUAGUCGUUCUAAGCCUGGGGAAACUUGGCUGCGGUGUGUGAAAUGUGCCAUGUGGGCACAUGCUGAAUGCGCAGGUCUUCCUAGGACAGCUAAGAGAUUUGUAUGUGACAUAUACAAAGACAAUACUUUAUAACAUGAUAUUUUUACUAGGGUAAAAUGAUGUACAUGUGUUUCAGUUUACCCCCAGUAACUAGGGUAAAAUGACCUACACGUGUUUCAUUUUACCCCUAGUAAUUAGCGUAAAAUGAAACACUGAAGUAAUUUUGCAAUGCUAAUUUUCUGCAAAAAAUAUUUUCUUUUUUAAAAUUGCUUUUGUACUAAAACAUGUGUUUGUUAGUUAUCUUCGUGUUUGCAACUUUGUACAAACAAAUAUAAAUAAACAUCGAGUACAGAGUCAGUUUUGCUUAGGGUGUGUUAUUUUAGGCCAGGUUCCCCUACAGGAUGAAAGACCCCCAGGAUGCCGUAAAAUUAAGAUUUAUUAGAAAACAAAAGAAUGAAACACCAAGCGCCCAGAGUGUUGGCAAAGACGUUAAUUAUGAAUGCGCGAUAAGGCGCAGACAAAUAAAAGAAAAAACAUUCAAUAUUUGUAUAGUUUUUUUGUUUUUACUCUUACCCUCUCUCGUAUGUAGAACGACUAUGAAGAUGUGCAAUUUUAGAUAUGAAGUAUUGCGAGCUCUAUGUAUCACAUGUGUGCGUGAAUAAUAUUAUAUUGGACAACAGUAUCAAGUAUUUUUUUAUCUAUUGAAGUGAAGAGAACAUAUAAGGGGGAUUUUCUUGAUUACGACAAGCACCACUGUUCACGGAGUCCGCCACCUGCAGCUACAAUUAAAAUGUAAGCCAAAAGAUACAAAUAAACACAGAACUUUUUUUUUUAUAA